ACGAGCGAGACAGAGGGAAGAUACUGAAGAGACUGCUGGGCUGGUUUUCUUUUUUCUCUCUCUCUCUCUCUCCAUAUCCUCACGCCCCUUCCUGGGAGGUGGUAAAAGGGCAGAGCAAAGAGGAAGAAAAAGAAAGAGAGACAAAGUGUGGAUGUGUGUGUGUGUGUGUGUGUGUGUUUUUGUGUGAGAGAGCGGCUCUGUGUGUAACAUGCUCUGUCAUGCUGCCGUGACUACCGCUGCCUCUCCAGCCGGCGUCAUUGCCUUGUCAGGAAAAGGAAUAUUUUCCGGAGUAAUGAGUCCCUGAACCGGCUCACCAUGUGGAUGUGGGACAGUAAUCUCCAAACCUUUGCCGGAAGAAUCCCACGGAAAAAAGAGCAGCGGGCGGAGAGUGUAGCUGGUGCUGCUGGGUGGCCGCCUGUGUGCCUGCGCUGCUGAGACUCUCACUGACAAGACAAGAGUUCCCACUGGGCUGCUGUCUGCAUCCAAUUCACGUUCAUUUUACUGUCACAUUUGUUGGGAUACUUUUUUUAUUUCUCUUCUGGAACUCAAUGGAUUUUAUGGUGCUAUAUAUAUAUUCAUUUUUACGAAUAUCCUUGUUGGACAUGAGCCGGAGCGUUUUGAAGUGAUGCUCCAGGACUAAACCAGAGAGGUUGAAGUUCAGAAGGGUGGAACUUUAUCUGAAUGGGUGCAUCACAGCAGUGGACUGUACUAUGGGUCACUACACAUUGUACUGGGGCCUGCGGUUACUGUGGGUCGGUGCCUGUAGAUAGAUAACCAGGUAGAUAGCAGUGGGGGGUGAAAGGUUAACAGGUAGGGGCAUUAGUAUGAAGCCUGGACAGGGUCCAGGUGUUCCCAGUGACAGGUCCAUGAUGCACCUCAGCCAUUUCCCCUUGAGAAGACACUCCUGGAUAUGCUUCGAUGUGGACAAUGGCACGUCAUCAGGUCGCAGCCCCCUGGACCCGAUGGCCAGCCCGGGCUCUGGCCUCAUCCUGCAGGCCAACUUUGUCCACAGCCAACGGAGAGAGUCAUUCCUCUACCGCUCCGACAGUGACUAUGACCUCUCGCCGAAGUCUAUGUCCCGAAACUCCUCCAUUGCCAGUGACAUUCAUGGUGACGAUAUGAUUGUAACGCCAUUUGCACAGGUCCUCGCCAGUUUAAGAACCGUACGGAACAACUUUGGUGCACUAACAAAUCUACAAAUAGACAGAGCAUCCAACAAGAGAUCACCAAUGUGUAACCAACCCCCCAUCACCAAGACCACCUUCACAGAGGAGGCCUACCAGAAACUGGCCACUGAGACCCUGGAGGAGCUGGACUGGUGCCUGGACCAGCUGGAGACGCUGCAGACAAGACACUCAGUCAGCGAGAUGGCCUCCAACAAGUUCAAGAGGAUGUUGAAUAGGGAGUUGACUCACCUGUCAGAGAUGAGCCGCUCUGGGAACCAGGUGUCCGAGUUCAUCUCCAGCACUUUCUUAGACAAGCAACACGAAGUGGAGAUGCCAACCCCUCAGUCCCAGAAGGACAAGGAGAAGGAGAAGACGACCAAGCCCAUGUCUCAAAUCACGGGGGUGAAAAAGCUGCAACACUCCUCCAGCCUCACGAACUCCAACAUCGCUCGCUUUGGAGUGAAAACUGAGACCGAGGAUGAACUCGCUAAGGAGCUGGAGCAGGUGAAUAAAUGGGGCCUUAAUGUUUUUAAAAUCUCAGAGUUCUCUGGGAACCGGCCGCUAACAGUCAUGAUGUACACGAUAUUCCAGGAGAGGGACAUGUUAAAGACUUUUAAAAUUCCACUCGACACCUUUAUAACUUACCUGAUGACCUUAGAAGACCAUUAUCAUGGCGAUGUGGCCUACCAUAACAACAUCCAUGCUGCUGACGUCACCCAGUCGACUCAUGUGCUGCUAUCCACCCCUGCCCUUGAGGCUGUGUUCACAGACCUCGAGAUCUUAGCUGCCAUCUUUGCCAGUGCAAUUCACGACGUGGACCAUCCUGGAGUCUCCAACCAGUUCCUCAUCAACACCAAUUCGGAACUAGCGCUGAUGUACAACGACUCGUCCGUGUUGGAGAACCACCACCUAGCAGUUGGUUUCAAGCUCCUACAAGAUGAGAACUGUGACAUCUUCCAAAACCUGACCAAAAAACAAAGACAAUCACUGAGAAAGAUGGUCAUUGACAUCGUUCUAGCAACAGACAUGUCGAAGCACAUGAAUCUACUGGCCGAUCUGAAAACGAUGGUGGAAACUAAGAAGGUGACCAGCUCGGGUGUUUUGCUGCUGGACAACUACUCUGACAGGAUACAGGUUCUCCAGAACAUGGUGCACUGUGCGGACCUGAGCAACCCCACCAAGCCCCUGCAGCUGUACCGGCAGUGGACGGACCGCAUCAUGGAGGAGUUCUUCUGCCAGGGUGAUCGGGAGAGGGAGCGGGGCAUGGACAUCAGCCCUAUGUGUGACAAACACAAUGCCUCAGUAGAAAAGAGCCAGGUUGGUUUCAUAGACUAUAUCGUUCACCCUUUGUGGGAGACGUGGGCUGACCUGGUUCACCCGGAUGCCCAGGACAUCCUGGACACGUUGGAAGACAACAGGGAGUGGUACCAAAGCACCAUCCCCCAGAGUCCGUCUCCUCAACUGGACGACCCUGAGGAUGGCAGUCGACCCCCAGGAGGGGACAAGUUCCAGUUUGAGCUCACCCUGGAGGAGGACGGGGAGUCGGACACUGAGAAAGACAGUGGCAGCCAGCCAGAGGAGGAGGAGGACGAGGAGGAAGAGGAAGAGGAGGAGGAAGAAGAAGAGGAUGAGGAGGAGGAUGACAACAGCUGUACUGACUCUAAAACACUCUGCACGCAGGACUCUGAAUCCACUGAGAUUCCAUUGGAUGAACAGGUGGGGGAGGAGGAGGAGGAGGAGGAGUUGGCGGAAGGGGAGAAAACACCUUGCUCGCAAUCGUGCGUGGCGGAGGAAAAGGUAGCAGAGGUGGAAGAGAAUGAGGAGGACAAGGAGAAAUCCCCCGACACAUAGCAGUUUAUAGACAGCACCUGAUUAACUGUUCUUCUUAGUAAUUACAGAUGAUUAUUUAUAGAAUAUUUUUUGGGUUGUGUGAAGUCUGUCUGUGUUUUUUAUACAUCUAUGUUUAUGGUUCCAAAGCGUUCGCUGCUCUCCACCUUGGCCACUCCUCCGUCAGCUUUGUUCAGACACGCCCACCGGUACUUCUUCAAGUUUUUUUGCACUCAGGAAAACACCUUUCCAUUCCCAUUCGUACUGAAGAGGUGUGUCUGUAUUUCAAUUCUAUCCCCCCCCCCCCCUUUACAAUCUUUGCAUUUAGCACACGGAUGAACAGUUCAGACACAUGACAUCACAUCUUCCUUCCCUCCGCUUCGUCUCAGCCUUGCCUGAAAGUUUUGCAGUGUUUUUUAUCAAGUGCCCAUACUCCACACGGACGUUACCGGUGUGUUCAAGGAGAAUCUCCCUCUCCAUUAGGUCAUUUCCUCCACGCUACAAGUUAGGAGGCGCUCUCCUGGCGUUCCUGCUGAAAGGCGCCGCGGAGACGAAAGCUGCAGCACACUGGGGGAGCUUUUCAAGACACAUCUCUGAUGUGGUUGUCUUCCUUGAAAUCCUGACUGACACAAAGCUCAAAUCUAAACAGCCAUCGACGCUGUCCUAGACCUCUUUCAUUUUUUUAUUGUACUGUAUGUGAGAGUCAGAUAUUUUCUAGAAUUUACUUUCGCAAGUCCUUGGUUUUUUCUUUUGUUAGCGAGGAACUUUAUUUCCGGGGAGAAAUACAAAAAGCACCUUCUUUUUAGACGCUUGAUUAGUGCUCCGAGUAUACAGAAAUAGUAUCAUAAUAAUAGAAAAAAAAUUACUGGGUGAUUUUAUACCAAUGCUAUCAAAGCCUUUUAUUCUCCUUUCUUUAAUUUUCCUCGCACAUUUUAUUUGACGUGCGCGUCACCAACAGCCUCACACCCGCUCGUCUUCAGCCUCCUCUUUUUUUCUUUAAUCUCCCUAAUUUAGAUUUUGAUUUUACAUUUAAUUUUUCCAUCACAACAUUAAACUCAAUGGCUGUCUUUGUUUUCGAAAAGACAAUCAGCCUCAUUGCGUGGUCGUCACACGAGAUUCUCCUCUACGUAGAUACUCUAAUGCACUGAUAUAUUCAUAUAUCACCACUUUCAUUCUUUUUAUACGUUUAAACACGCCAAAACACUCACUCAUGCAUUCUUGAGCAAUGCUGUCUUACAACUCGGCCAAGUGUCUGCAAGUAACUAUUAUUUAUUGCUAUAUUUUUCUAUUUGUCGAAUUGUUUGUUUUUUUGCAAUAUAAAGUUGGUACAGUAAAUAUCUCACUGUAGCAUAAACCAGUACAGGCUUACCAGUUAAAAUACCCAAAUAUAGGUUUCUUUCUCACUUGUACAUAAAUUAUAGAAAAUCAACAAAAGGAUAAAAAACGAAAAGAAAAAAAAAAGACUAGAAAAUCUGCACAUUGCUUUUUUUUUAUUAUGAGUGCUUCUUUUUAUUUUGUGUCAUUUCAAAACUUUUUAUUUAAACUUUCAUUUUGUGCCAAGAUUUUUUUCUCUCUUUUUUUUUUUCAUCCUCACCCGAUGCCCUUACCUGUAAUAAAAAAAAAGAUUUCUGGUUUUAUCGCUGUUUACAAACAUAUAUUUAUUGUGCUGUAUAUACUAUAUAAUUAUUAAUGUUAUUACUAUCAUAAUGCCGUUUGUUGUAAAUGGUUGAUUCUUAUCAUCCCUUUUGGUGAUGGUGUGGCUGUAUUUACGUACCUCUUGUUGAGAGAAUGUUUAUUACACAUGAGAUUCAGCGUAAAAAAGAAAAGAUCCAUCGACAUGUUGCUCAUCUGAGAACUAGCUCAGUGAAGAGAGGGGGAAAGCCAAAUUGUUUUUUUU